AUUACAAGAUGGUAGGUGCGAUACACACACAUGUGCAUACAACAAAUAUAGUCUAAUACUAUAGGUUGGCUUCUUAGAAAUCUCCGCAGGCGCGGCGUUUUUAUAUCAUUAUAUAUCUACCUCAUUUGCCUUUUCUUCUCUCUCAACACCUCCAAACCCUAGCUUUACAUUUCUCCGUGGGACCGGUCGAUUGAUCGAUCCUGUUUCUUAUUGGAGCUUUGGGAAAUGGCCACUUCUUCACUUUUCCGAUCUACGGUUUCGCCGGCCGGCUGCGGCGGCGCCUCCAGGUCUGAGCUCCGGCCGUCUGGUGUUCCCAAGGUGUCUUCUGUUAGUUUCUGUCGAGGUUCAUUGAAGUCCGAGUCGAGUAUCUUUGGUGCUUCUAUUCCUGGGAACUCAUCAUCAUUACACAAAUCUAGUUCUCGUAGUAUCCAAACAAUCCAGGCUACUGCCACCGAAUUGCCUCCUACAAUUCAAAUGUCAAAAAGCGGUGGGAAGACAAAAAUCGGAAUCAAUGGUUUUGGGAGAAUUGGAAGGCUCGUGUUACGAAUAGCAACUUUUAGAGAUGAUAUCGACGUAGUGGCAGUCAAUGAUCCAUUUGUUGAUGCCAAGUACAUGGCAUACAUGUUUAAAUAUGAUUCUACUCAUGGAGUAUACACAGAAUCCAUUAAAGUGUUGGACGAUUCUACUCUAGAAAUAAAUGGAAAAAAGAUUAAGGUUACUAGCAAAAGGAACCCUGCAGAAAUUCCAUGGGGUGAAUAUGGGGCAGACUUUGUUGUUGAGUCUUCUGGGAUUUUCACAACGAUUGAGAAGGCUUCUGAACACAUAAAGGGUGGAGCCAAGAAAGUCGUGAUUUCAGCUCCAUCAGCUGAUGCUCCUAUGUUUGUUGUGGGGGUUAAUGAGGAAACAUACAAACCAAACAUGGACAUCGUAUCUAAUGCUAGCUGCACUACCAAUUGCCUGGCUCCUCUUGCCAAAGUGGUUCACGAGGAGUUUGGCAUUCUUGAAGGGUUGAUGACUACCGUGCAUGCAACUACAGCUACACAGAAGACGGUUGAUGGCCCUUCCAUGAAAGAUUGGCGUGGAGGACGAGGUGCAGGGCAAAAUAUUAUCCCUAGUUCAACUGGUGCUGCAAAGGCUGUUGGUAAAGUGCUGCCGGAGCUCAAUGGAAAGCUCACUGGAAUGGCUUUUCGUGUCCCGACAGCAAAUGUUUCUGUUGUGGAUUUAACUUGUCGACUUGAGAAGAGUGCUUCAUAUGAAGAUGUCAAAGCGGCAAUAAAGUAUGCAUCCGAGGGCCCACUUCAUGGGAUUCUUGGAUACACUGAUGAGGAUGUUGUUUCAAAUGAUUUUGUUGGUGACUCAAGGUCAAGUAUAUUCGAUGCACAAGCUGGGAUGGGGCUGACUUCUUCUUUCAUGAAGCUUGUCUCCUGGUAUGACAAUGAAUGGGGUUACAGCAACCGUGUACUGGACCUGAUAGAACACAUGGCAUUGGUAGCGGCUACCAACUAAAAUUGAUGGGAAGCAACCGGUGCUUUGGUUUUUCGCUAUAAUUAGUGUGUCAAAGUAGAAUUUAACGAUAUAGUGAUCAUUUUUGAUUUUCACUGGCAUUGUUAAUUGUUAUCCAAUAUAUGAGUAGAGACUCACAUUUUAGAGCUUUCAAAUAAGUACUCUGAAGUUAAAUGUUUUUAAUCUCUUUGCUUUAUAAACACCCAAGUUGGAAUAUUAGCAAGGCA